UUAACCAGCAGGGAAGCUGGCAAACAAGAUUUAGCAGCAGCUGCUGCUCCGCUGGCUUACUGUACACACACGAGGACCCAGGACAGCAGGACCCAGCCAGCAGUUGCAGCCUCAGCUCUCUGCAGACCGGCCCAGCCAUCCUGAACAAUGCUGCUCGCCCUGUACACCUGCAUUCUCUGGCUGUCCACCGGUGGCCUCUGGACUGUCCAGGCUCAGGACCCCACUGCUGACGUGUGCAUGUGCAUGAGCAACCAUCACCGGGACCUGGCUCCAAACAAUGUUGACUUUGCCUUUGGCCUGUAUAAGCACCUAGUGGCCUCAGCUCCUGGCAAGAACGUCUUCCUCUCCCCUGUCAGCAUUUCCAUGGCCUUGGCCAUGCUGUCCCUGGGUGCCCGUGGGGACACACGGACCCAGAUUCUCCAAAGCUUGGGCUUCAACCUCACUGAGACAUCUGAGGUCGGGGUCCACCAGAGUUUCUGGAACCUCCACCAGCUCCUCAGGGAGUCAGACACCAGCUUAGAAAUGACCAUGGGCAACGUUUUGUUCAUCAACCAGAGCUUGGAGCUUCAAGACUCAUUCUCAGCAGACACCAAGCGUUACUAUGAGUUGGAUGCCUUGGCUACAGAUUUCCAGGACUUGGCCAGAGCCAGCAGACAAAUCAAUGAGUAUAUCAAGAAUAAGACUCAUGGGAAGAUCGUGGAUUUGUUCUCGGAGCUGGAUAGCCCAGCCAUGCUUAUCCUGGUCAACUACAUCUUCUUCAAAGGCACAUGGGCACAUCCCUUCGACCAGGAAAGCACCAGGGAGGACAACUUCUAUGUGAACGAGACGACCCUCGUGAAGGUGCCCAUGAUGUUUCAGUCCAGUGAGAUCAAGCACCUCAACGACCAGGUGCUCCCCUGCCAGCUGGUGCAGCUGGACUACAUGGGCAAUGGGACCGUCUUCUUCAUCCUUCCGGACAAGGGGAAGGUGGACACGGUCAUCAAUGCCCUGAACCGGAACACCAUUCAGAGGUGGUCUGACUCCCUGACCAGUGGCCACGUGGACUUGUACAUCCCGAAGGUCUCCAUCUCCAGAGCCUAUGACAUUGGGAGCCUCCUGGAGGACAUGAGCAUUGCAGACUUGCUCUACAACCAGGCAAAUUUCUCAGGCAUCGCCCAAGGGGUCCAGCUAAAAGUAUCGAAGGUGGUCCAUGAGGCCAUGCUGCAGCUUGAUGAGAAGGGUGUGAUGACAGCCGCCCCGACUGCAGUCCCCCGAAACGUGACGUCUGAGCCUCUCACCAUCCAGUUCAACCGGCCCUUCAUUGUCAUGAUCUUCGACAACUUCACGUGGAGCAGCCUUUUCCUGGUCAAGGUUGUGAAUCCGACCUAAGGAGCCACCCUCCCAGGAGCCAUAGCGCCAUCUGACUUUCGACCAGGGACCCACAGAAAUGAUCUGGAGAGUGGGAGUGUUCCCCCACUCUUCUCCAGGUUCUCCUCUGCAAUAAAUAACUGUCACUGUGACUGAUGACAGUGUGUUGAGGGAGAAAGGUGGGACAACUGAUACAAUUUGAAUAAUAUCCAUAUAAUAGAGUACCAAUGUAAUUUUCUGGUUUUGAUCAUUGUACUAUGGUCAUGUAAUAUAUGGAAGCUGGGUGAAGGGUAUGUGAAAACACUAUUAUUUUUGGAAAAUUUUGCGUGUUUGAAAUUAUUUCUAAAUAAAAACUUACAAAAAGGAAAUCAAAUAAGUCAAAAGCACAACAGAAAGACAUCUUUAAAGCGCUAGAGGGGAAAUGUCGCAAUAUCUUUCAAAAAGCAAAAACAAAUCUUCAAAAAUUAAGGCGAGAUAAAGAUUUCUGUUCAGACAAACAAGAGCUGAGAAAGUUUAUCAUCUUCACUAAAGAAAUUUUUAGGCAGAAACAAGAUGAUUCUAGAGGGAAACGUGGACCUCCACGAAAGAACGAAGAG